AGAAGGCGACACGGUGAUCCCUCACCACGGCUCCAUGGAGCACUCCCACCCUGACCUCUGCGGCUUCUGCUGGUGCCAGAACGGAGACAAGGCUUGCCACCACUACGACUGUCUCGGCCCAAUACCCUGAAGACUGGAAAACCAAACUCUGCUGUCUAAUGACAAAGAUCGUACAUAGCAAGAUUGUUCACUCAGCCAAAAUGUGAGCGCGGAAGUCUGUAGGCCCUACAUUGUUUCAGAUGGCGCUGCGUCUUUGUUUUGAAGCUCUCUUUCGUUUCUCCAGAAGAAAAACAGGAAUAGCAGUUUGUUAGUUUCACGUUUUGUUGUUUUUCACACAAGUAAGUAGGUUAACUCUAUUCCUAAAGUCCGCGCUUUUUCGAAGAGGGCGCCACCGAAUUUUUAGACAACUUUUUUGAUAUGCUCAAAGAGAGAAGUGAACAAUCUUGUUUUACACGAUCUUUGCUUAUAACAAAAACGUAUAUGAUGCAAAAUUAGGUCAAUCAGUGUUUUAUACAGGGCAGAAACCCCUUUUCCUGGCGUGUCUUUCUAUCUUGGUUUUAUGACUGUACAAUUAAAAUUAAGACAGUUUUGGGGCUUUCUGUUGAAAAUAUGCCUUGUGGCCUAAUUACACACCGAUAUUGUUAUGACAAAAGAAGUUUUAGUCAAUUACCACAUAACUAUUUACUGUAUACCUCAGCAAAUCAGACAAAACUUAAAUAUCUACAUCGGCCAAUGAAUAUUGACAUAAAAUAAUCAGAUUGACCAACUGUUUGGCUGAUUUGAAGCAAACACACAGACCUAGUUCGUUUUUUUUGUUGUCUCUCUUGUGAAAUUUCCUUUUUGGCAUAAACGAUUUUUCUGUCAUUAGACGGUUGAACUAACGGGACAUUUUAAUCUUUGACCUGACAUCUCUUUUUUGUCCUCGUUUCCUUUGAAGGAAAAGAAGUACGAGUCCUGCUUGUUUAGAAAAUUAAUCAGAUGAAUACAUUUUCCUUUCUGAAACCUG